AUGCAGCUUUAUACAGUCAUUCGACUUCUCUUUUUCAACUUCCUUGCCCAGCAUGCGGUAGCUGCCGGCAUCAGGAGCAUCUUCCUAUUCAAAGAUGUCAUGGUAUCCAAUACCACAGCCAUUGAGACAUCUGGCUUCAACACGUUGAUCAUCUUUGGUGUCGGCAUUCUCGACAAUGGGGACAUUAUGUAUUACUCAAACACGGCUGGGAGCUCAGAUGUCCUCAUUGCCUCCAAUGGCACAUACGUCGGCGGCAGCGCGCUCUCGGACAAGGUCCGCUCCUUCAAGACAGCCAGCGGAACCGGUAUAAACAGGGUCGAGAUAUGCAUGAACUCGAUACACGUGGCCGACUUGAUGGCAAGCCCAGGUCCCGGGUCCGACACCAGACUGUACAAGAACUUUGCCGCGUUGAAGACAGCCUGGACCCUCGAUGCCGUCAACAACGAUGACGAGUCCAUCUACGACAUCUCCAGCACCGUCAAGUUUGCGCAGAUGCUGGGCCAGAUUGGCUACAAGUACACCAUUGCACCAUACACGGCCUCGAGCUUCUGGGCGUCGCUCAAGUCGCAGCUGGGCGCGCUCUUGGACAGGGCGUACCUGCAAUGCUACGACGGAGGAGCAGGAAACAACCCGGCGAGCUGGCAGACCACUUUGGGGAUGAAGGUUGUGCCCAUACUCUGGGUCAUCAACGACUCGAAGCCAUCGUACGGCAAGACGCCUGCGCAAGCCAAGACUCAGUUCGCCAGUUGGAACUCGGCAAGCGCCCUUGAUGGAGGAGGUUAUUGGAAUGAUUAUGACAUUGAGAGGAUGGGGUCAUCAUAUGUUGAAUAUGGCUCUGCGCUGACGAGCGUAUUUCCAUAA